AAGCUCGACUUCAAAUAAAAUUCUGACCAGUUAUACUAUUGAAAAUCGUGUAACCUACCUGCUUGUAAAGCAUAAUUAUCGGAAAUGCAGGUCCUUUUGGGGUUGAGAAAGCAGAGCGACAUCAAUGAUGACGUGCAGAUAAGGCAAGAAAAAUGACGACGUCGCCAAAGGAAGAAAGGUAACAGUUAAAAAUGGACAUAGAUCAUGUGGUGUUGGAUAAGGAAGCGAUCAGCCGAUUCGAACAAUACACAUUGGCAAAGCCAUCGCUAAAUGGAGGGAUCCCUUUGGACAGAUGCCAAGAUGCGGAGUCAAUGGCAUCUAAUAGCAGAAAGAGGGCACAAACUCCCAGACAGAAAGUAGUUUGCUGCUUUUGUUUUAAAACAACCAAGUAUCGGAGAAAACAAUUGAUUGUCGGCUCCCUCACUAAUGUCGUGAUAUUUUCUGUUCUGCUAACGUACACUUUUCUUGGUUCAUUUAUAUUCUUGGCUAUAGAGGGAGGCACUGAACUACCAGUGAGACCUCGGAUAUUACCUGAUAGACAAAAAAUUAUUCAUAAACUUAGCAAUGAUAGUAAAAUAAACAAGAAGGAAAUAGAUGAUGAUGAUUACGGGAAUUUGACAUUAUCUGCAAAUUACUUUUGGGAUGCGAGGAGCCGCGCAGUGGAAAAUAUUUGGGAGAUAACAGUUUCGUUGAACAUUUUGUACAGAGAAAACUGGACUCGGUUAGCAGCACAGGAGAUACUGAAAUUCCAGAAUGAACUAGUUCAAAGGGUGACGACGGAAAUGGCGUCACAUUACGGAGUAAGCUACAAGGAGAUGGCUCUUGGAGAAUUCGGGGGAAGCGACAUAACCAACCAUUAUGAGGAACACGAAUGGAAUUUGGCACUUGCAUUUUUCUACUCCUUAACCGUGUUAACUACCAUUGGUUACGGCAAUAUUGCACCAAGAACAAUUUUGGGGAAAGGAGUGACAAUUCUCUAUGCACUUUUUGGAAUUCCUUUGACACUCGUAUAUUUAUCGAGUGUUGGAUCAUUACUCUCAAAAAUGGCAAGAAGCGUCUUCAGCAGAGCGUUGUGUUGUUGCCUGUGUUCAAAUUGUGGCUAUUGUUGUUAUGACGAAAAAAGAAUGGCCGAAAAAGAACGUAGGAUGAAGUUAAAAAGACAACAGGAAGAAAUGUUGAACAGUCAAAACACAAGUAAGACGCCUACUGAAGAAUGUUAUGUGCUUAAGCCGGACAGUCAAAAAGAUUUAUCCAUAUCAGAAAGACCGACGACAAGUACAGCCAAAGAUGAUGUUAUCAGCUGGCCUGACACUGAUUCUAAAUUGUCAAUGCACGGACUUAGUAUACUAGCACCUGUAUUACUCUGUCUAGCAGCCAUUUUUAUUUACAUUACAAUAGGAGCAAUAAUACUUUUUAAGCUUGACAAUAUGAGUAUCGUUGAUGGUUUCUAUUUUUGUUUUAUGGCCUUAAGCACUAUUGGUUUUGGUAGUAUAAUACCAGGGAUGAGUUACACAACUGUUCACAGUGUAAGAUAUUAUACAAUCAAUUCCACAGUUCUAUGGUUUUGUUCUGUAUAUACUUUAACGGGCUUAGCAUUGACCGCCAUGUGUUUUGGAGUCAUACAUGAUGAGAUAAUUUAUAGAAUAAAACAUCAACAGAGAGAGUGGUCUCAGAAAAGCAAUACUGUGAAUGAUGAAGUAAAUUUGAAUGAUCCAUUUUAUAUGAAUUCCUGACAAAUGUAUAACAAGACAAAGUCAGAGAAUUUGUAUAGUAUAAUGGAGGAUAAUACAGUAGAGCGUAGUAGAAUUGAAAUUGACAAUAGAGAGGUAGUUCUUAGUAUAGAUGAUAUAGCAGGAAUGGAAGGGAACGUUGAAUUUCCUCCACCACCACCUGAAGAAGAAAUCGUUGCUAUAGUUACUAAAAAAGAGCCAAAAGGUGGGUUCGGUAACAUGGUAGCGUAUAAUGCAUUGCCAGAAAUGCUUGAACAUGUUAAUACUACAUAAUCAUUUACUUAACGAUG